CAUAAGCGGUAGCCUACUACAGUAGCAGAUUACCGCUGAGAACAGAGCUCAGCGUGCUCGCAUUAACACUAUAGUUUAGACAUAGGCUUUGUGAAACCUCGCUGUGUUUAUUCGGAUAGCCGGUACCUCUUGUUUACCUUUAAUACCUGCCUUGAUGAGAUGGAGAGGAGGAUGCUUUGGACAUCAUGUUUUUUCGUGAGCUUUGUAACGCUCUUACUCUGCGCACGAGCAUCAGGCAACCUGCCACAAUGUAGAGAGACAGAAUAUUACUUUGAGUACACAGAAUGUGACAGCACAGGGUCCAGAUGGAGAGUAGCCAUUCCUCACAGACAGGGCAGCUGUACGGGCCUACCAGAGCCGGUCAGAGGAACAGACUGCACUUUUUCUUGUGAAGCUGGGGAGUUUUUAGAGAUGUCAUCCCAGCAGUGUACAGCAUGUGCGGCCGGCUCCUAUUCAUUAGGAAGUGGCGUGCGUUUUGACCAAUGGGAUUCAAUCCCUGCCGGAUUCACCAGCCUGGCCACGUACAUGGACUCAGGAAGUUCAGGGGACGACACUAUGACCUGCAACAAGUCAGUGGCCAGUUCAGGACUGUAUACUUGUGUGGUCAUUGUUACCCUUAAAGCUUUUGCAACGUGUCAGCUGUUUAUAUGUCUAUGUUUGUUUAUCAGUUCUUCAUGGACAGCUCAGGGAACUCACUUGGAGUCCAAUCGUGAUGACUGCACAGUGUCUCUGGUAUACGCGGUACACCUCAUGAAACAGGGCUCUGUCUCUUUUGACUAUCAAUAUGUCGACAGCAACGUCUUCUUUGAGUUCUUUAUCCAGAACGAUCAAUGCCAAGAGAUGGACCAGGCUGGUAGUGAGAAAUGGAUCAAGCUCACCACAAAUGGAGAGUGGGGAACCCACACAGUGAAUCUAAAGUCAGGAACUAACAUCCUGUAUUGGAGAACCACAGGGAUGCUUUUAGGUGGGAAACCUGUGAAGCCAGUCCUUUUGAAGAACAUUCAGAUUGAAGGUGUGGCGUAUACAUCAGAGUGUUUUCCGUGUAGACCAGGCACAUACAGUAAAACUCCAGGUUCUUCCUCCUGUGAUCUCUGUCCAAGGAAUACAUAUUCUGGAAAAGGAGCCAGUUCUUGUACACCAUGCUUGGAGACACAGUAUUCGCAGCAGGGCUGGUCGGAGUGCAAAGAGAAACCACCUUGUUCAGAGAAAGACUAUUUUCAAAUCCACACACCCUGCGACAGAGAUGGCAAGACUCAGAUUUUAUACAGAUGGGUGGAGCCACAGGUGUGCGUGGAGAAUGUGACUGGUGCUGUUACACUGCCUCCAACUGGAGAAAAGGAGGAUUGUCCACCCUGUAAUCCAGGGUUUUACAUGCACAACACUUCCACCUGUCUGCCUUGCCUACAAGGGACCUAUUCAGAUGGCACCACAGAAUGUCAAAGAUGCCCUGGAGGAACUGAACCUUCUCUGGGAUACGAGUACAAGUGGUGGAACAUACUACCGAGGAAUAUGAAAACUUCCUGUUUUAAUGUGGGCAACUCCAAAUGUGAUGAGAUGAAUGGUUGGGAAGUGGCUGGUGAUCACAUCCGCAGUGGAGUGGGAGGUUCAGAUAAUGAUUACCUCAUCUUAAACCUACGAGUGCCUGGAUUCAAACUUCCUACGUCUGUAGACGACGCAUCAGCUACAGAGUUUGGUCGAAUCACUUUUAUUUUUGAGACCAUCUGCAGCGCAGACUGUGAACUUUAUUUUAUGAUAGAUGUAAAUCGGAAAAUCACAAAUGUCGUGGAAUCGUGGGUUGGAAGUAAAGUCAGACAGGCAUAUACUCACAUCAUGACCAAAAACGCAUCUGUGUCAUACACAUGGGCUUUUCAACGUACUAACAAAGCCAUUGAUGCACGUCAGCGUGUGAACGACAUAGCAAAAAUCUAUUCAAUCACGGUGACAAAUGCUAUGGAUGGCUCGGCAUCUGGUUGCCACGCCUGCGCUAUGAUGAGUCAACAGGACGGCUCGUCCUGUGUCCCCUGUCCUGCCGGACAUUUCAUCAACAAAGACACAAACCAGUGUCAGGAAUGCCCGCCCAACACCUUCCUUUCUGGACAUCAUAUCUAUGGGCGUGAAGCCUGUCAGCCCUGUGGUCCGGGCAGCAAGAGCAACAAGGAACACUCAGUGUGUUUUAACGACUGCAGUUUCUCACACGUGGAACGUAACCUAACUUAUACCUAUGACCUCCGUGCCCUAUGCUCAGUGGGGUCAAUCAUGAAUGGGCCCAGCUUCACUUCCAAAGGAACCAAAUACUACCAUGAAUUUAACAUCAGUUUGUGUGGGACAGAGGGGAGGAAGGUGGCUGUGUGCACUGACAAUGUUACAGAUCUGUCUAAUAAAGACCUGCAAAAUGAAUCAGCUGACCUCACCAAUUUUGUAGAGACUUUUGUGUGUCAGUCAACCAUCAUCCCUGCAGAUGGGCGGGGCUUCAGAACAGCCCUGUCCUCUCAGUCUAUAAGCUUGGCUGAUACUUUCCUCGGAGCAUCUGUUGAAAACAUGCUGGAUGGAGUGUAUGUUAGUCCAGACCUGUUUCCAGAGACUUCACGGAAAGUUCCAGAUAUUAAGUUCUUCUUUCGUUCGCCCCAAGCGACAGCCUCUUGUCUGAAUGGUCGAAGUACAGUUGUAAAUCUGCGCUGCAACCCUGAAAAAAGUGACCGUGGGGAUCUUACUGUGCCAAGCAAAUGCCCAGCAGGUACAUGCAAUGGCUGCGAGUUUCAUUUCCUCUGGGAGAGCUCCAGCGCUUGUCCACUUUGCACUAAGGCAGACUACCACUCAAUAGAAGGCGUGUGCAAAGGGGGAAUGCAGGACACCCUCUAUGUGUGGAGCGAACCAAAACUUUGCACUAAAGGGGUAUUACUCCCGAACAAGACAUCCGCCCAUUGUGAAGUGGUUACCCUAUGGGUAAAGGCUGGAAUUGGGGGUGGAGCUUUCAUUGCCGUCCUUCUUAUCUCCCUCACAUGCUAUUUCUGGAAAAAGAACAAGAGGCUUGAAUACAAAUACUCAAGACUUGUAAUGUCUGCCAAUAAGGAUUGUGAGCUGCCAGCGGCCGAUAGCUGUGCGCUGGCGGAGGGAGAGGGCGAGGAGAACGAAGACGAUGUAGUUUACUCAAAUACUCCUUCAUUACUGGGAAAAUUGAAGGCUAUAGCGAGCAAGGCAGAUGGGGACAGCAGUGAAUCAGUACAGCUGAAGUCUUCUAAGGCAGAGAGAUGGGUUUGGGGAUAACAGACUAAAGAAAACAGAUUCAUCAGUCAUGUACAAUGAAGGAGAUAAAGUUCCAGGGAGUGUUUAGGUUCCUACCAACAGCUUUCAAUGUCUUUUUUCAGAUUCUUAAUAUUUGCAUUCACCCCUUCCUCAAAUACAUACAGUGUAUACUCGCCCAAAACCACUUGACUCCAUUCAAAAACAUGGAUAACACAAACACACAAUGUUUGAGUCUUGAUGUGUAUGGUUUUGCACUGCCAUAAACGAUUGCAAACUGAGCCUAAAAGUGUGUUUGUGUAGGUGGGUAUGUUCAUGAGACAGAAGUCCUCCAUGUUUAAGUUCUGCUUGUUCAUAAAAACACAAGCAUUUAGACAAGGAGUUCAUCAAGUGUUUAGCCAACAUAGGGAAACAGAGAGCUUUAUCCAUCACAGAGCUUGAACAACACCUUAGUUUCCACUUGAGAUUUUCCACUUGAAACAGGAACUUUUGACAGCCCCUUCCUUAAAUGUAUCACAGAAAAGACCUACCGGUCUCCUCAGAGGAGAACAAGAGCCAGUACUGUUUUUAUUUGUAUUUUCUAUUGUGCAUUUUGAGCUGUAUAAAAUUAUGCUGAAAUAUUUCUCUGUUCUGUUCUAUAUUGUUUAUGCUUUAAUAAAUUUUCAAAGCAAAAAAGUGGGCAGUUAUGUUCAAGUUAUGUCAAGUUGUCAUGAACAGAUAUGAUGUAUUGGUUUAUGUCAAGUUGUCACAAAGACAUCUCAGACAAUGUCAUCUUUGCAUUAAAAAUGACAUUAUUGAACAAAUGACACUAAAUGACAGCCGUCAUGAACGUGCAUAAAAUCUCCUUCAUGUUCAUGACACGUGUCAUGUCAUGAUUAUGAAGGUGUCGUGUCAGUCUUAUGAACACCCCUUCAAGUAAAGUGUUACCGCUUUCUAUUUUUACCCCAAAAAGCUUGUCAUUAAUCUUAGACAUAACUUUUCACCACUUAACUGAACUGUAAAUUGUGACCCUGCUUGUGAAAUCCAGGAUAAAGUGGAUGCUGAGAAGCAUCAAUUGGUUUUAUUUCAAUCCUUGAUUUCACAUUAAUUUCAAACUUUGACAUGACCGUCGCUACUCAAUUAAUAUUAAAGAUGUUAUGUAGAAAACAGUAAAAAUUACUUUUGUGUAUUAAUUGUGUAACGUUUUUCCAGACUGAAUUGGUUAAUUUUAAGAAAAUAUUCUGGUAAUAUUAAUCGCAAGCAAGACCAGUUACUCAAAACAAUUUCUUUUAAUUCAAAAUAAUAUAUUGGUUAAACAGUAAUGCUGUUGUCACUUAUUGACUUGGAUAAUUUUUUAUCAAAACGCAUUAGACACAACUAUCCACAGAUCAAACUACAUCUUAUGCCACUCCUUAACAUGUAUGUUAGGAGUUCACAUACCAAACCAAACAGCUUACUGCGCUUAUGACUUACAAGUCAAUUCGUAUUGCACCCUUUUAAGUGUAACUGCACAAAACUGUUUGUUUUCCAGAGAGACAAAUAUUAGCGCUUUAAAUUUUCUGGCCUCUGUAUUCUGCAUCCUUUGAUGUCAUCUCCCUCUUUCCUGAUGGUAGG